GCCCGGUUUUUCAGAGAGGAGAAGUUGGCAGAGGGAUGUUCCGGCGAUGAUGGCGCUGCAGCUGAGAUGCGGGGAUGCUGCAUACUACCAGAGCGCAGAAUACUGCAGAAACUACACUUCGCCGCCUGUCGGCUACAGUGACAGCAGCCAUUAUCUUGCACGAUUGCCAGGUCCGGACGCCAUGUUGAAGCCUCCUCUCAGUCUCUUCAGUCAUCCCCAACAGCCCUUCCAUUACAUGGACUCUCUGCACCAUUUAGGACCUCCACCCAUUGCUGCUACCCAACCAAUCGGACCCCCAACUCUUCCUCCCACUCAGAGUCUAGGGCCUUCUGCCCACACGUUGAGGCCUCCAUCCAUUACGCCGCCGCACACCUUAGCCCCACCUCCAAUGCCCCCAACCCAACCAAUGGGGCCUCCUCCAAUGGCGCACACUCUAGUUCCUCCACCUGUAGAUCCAACACAAGCAAUCGUACCUCCAACCAUUGACCUCACCCAGCCUUUAGGUCCUCCACACCUCCGCCCAGCUCAAGCACUGGUCCCUCCACCUGUGGUGCCCGCACCCAGCCGCUUCCCGCUGCCCCCCAGCUCCUUAUCCUCACCCCCCGCUCCAGACCCAGGUCCGUCACAGAUUACCCCACGGCCCCCAGGACCAGCACAGGUAUCCAGCUACCCGUGUGGGCCUCUACCAGGCCAAGCAGCUCCUGCCGGCGAGCAGCCCCAGGAUGAGGGCUCCUUGCUGGGGGUGGAGGAGCAGGAUGACCCUCUGGGUCUGGAAGAACUGUGCAAACCACUGUACUGUAAACUCUGCAAUGUUACACUUAACUCCGCUCAGCAGGCACAAGCUCACUACCAGGGAAAGAACCACAGCAAAAAGUUGAGAAAUUUUUAUGCUGGCAGCCAGCAGCCGCCUGCCAUCAGGAUACCAGAAGCCCUGGAGGGCGCCGGUCCGAACGCCGGCUCAGGAGCUGCUGAUGCUGAUGGAGGCAGACAGGCGCUGUAUAAAGGGGCUCCCCGGGUCAUCCUGGCCACUGAGAACGACUAUUGUAAACUGUGUGACGCCUCCUUCAGCUCGCUGGCAGUUGCGCAGGCCCACUACCAGGGCAAAAACCACGCCAAGAAGCUUCGCCUGGCGGAGGCCCAGCAGAACUCCAGCAACAUGGAAGGCAGCAAUGAGGGAGCGCCAAGAAAAAAUCGGAAAGAUGGCAACGAGUACCGACUGGUGAAAAACCGCCGCAGCCCCCAGCUGCCCGCCGCCAUGCCAGGGCCGUAUUACAACCCGAGGCCGAGGCAGCGCAUCCCCAGGGACCUAGCCAUGUGCGUGACUCCCAGCGGACAGUUCUACUGCUCCAUGUGCAACUGCGGCGCCGAGCAGGAGACGGACUUCCGGCAGCAUCUGGAGAGCAAGCAGCACAAAGCCAAAGUGUCGGAGCUGAGAUACCGCCAUGAAAUGGAGAACCUCGGCUACAGCUAAGAGGGAAGAGCCGACCCAAACAGAUUCAAACAUCCAAAAUGGAGGCCAGAUCUCACCGCAGAUCAUCUAAGAUUUAAUUUAAACAUCAAAUCCAGACAGGAGCAUUUUAAAAAGUAUUACAGCAGCUCAAACAGUAGAUCAAGUAGUAAAUAGUUACAUCUGUGUUUUCCUCAUUUAAGAUGUUUUGGCUCUUUACACUGCAAAAACACAAAAUCUUACCAUGUAAUUUUGUCCAGUUUCUAGUGUAAAUAUCUUA